AUGCCUGCCACCAUCAUUAAGGUCCCCGUCAUCGAAGACAUCCACCGCGCCAUUAACAAGGCCGUCGAUGACCACAAGGACAAAGACGUCUUUGUCUACUUUUACGCAUCCAUCGAUCCCGCCACCGGGAAGUCAUGGUGCCCCGACUGUGUCACCGCUGGUCCCAUUGUUGAGGAGUACUUCUCCAAGAUCGAUAACGCCGUCCUUGUGGACGCCCCCGUUGGUGAUCGCCCCAAGUGGAAGGAUCCCAACCACUUCCUCCGUCACGACAACGUUCUCAAGAUCACCGCCGUCCCCACCCUCGUCAACUGGACCACGAAAUCUCAAUUGGUUGAGAACGACUGCGAAGACCUUGCCAAGCUGGACAAGUUUGUCAAGCGCGCAUAA